AUGAUUGGCAUCAAUCAGCAUUCCCUGUUGUUGGUAGACGGAUGGAAUAUUGAGCAUCGCCGAGACUGCGAGCCAUCUUCCGCUUCUGCUAUCCCAAGAUGUCCUCGUCGAAAUCAGGAAAACAGCAACGUUUCACUCCAAAACUCGGAUUUGAAGCUGGAUGACAAAAUGCACAAUUAUUCUAGCGCCUCUGCUUCCUUGAAGACGGAACAAUCUCAUCACUUUCUUCACCCCGUCAAAAACGGACGUAGAUUACCUUUGAAACGAACGUCGUCUCCUGGUUGCCUUUGCGUCGUCACUUCAAAGCAGAAGCCAGAGGGUAUAAGCGCUCGUGCAGGAAUAAAGCCAUAUCAUGGCAAUGCUCGCGUAGACAAUUCUCUUCUGGUAACAACAAGGAAGUUUAUGGCGUUGAAAAACAUCAAUGACACAGUGAACCUGAACAACGCUGCGGAAGAACUCAAUGUGCCAAAACGUCGGCUAUAUGAUAUCACAAAUGUGCUUGAAGGUAUUGACCUGGUAGAGAAAAUCGGCAAGAAUAGCAUACGAUGGAAGACAAAUGAUGGGGACGCAUCUGUGCUUGAUGCAUUAAAGGCAGAAUGCCGGAAUUUGCAAGCGGAAGAAGUUGAACUUGACGCUGUGCUACUUGAUCUGGCAUCUACUGUAAAGCUUAUAAGAGAAGACCCAACAAGCAGCCCUCAUGCAACCUAUCUAUGUCCACCAGACUCGUCAACACAUUCCAGUGUUGAGGACGUCCUAUCAACAGGCGACCAUAUUGAAGAUCCAUGUGAUCCUUGUACCAAGAAGUUUGAAUCAUUUCCGGUAGAAUCUGUUAUUGAAUCAGGACAUAUCGAAGAAAGAAAACUUUCUAACAUUAGUGAGGACACGUCUUCAAAUGAAUUUGUGUUGCCCAAAACACAAUUUCGCCGCGAUUCAUUAUCGGAUUUAGUCACGCCGGAUGUCGCCGUGCUGCACACUAGCACGGGCAUCAGUCCUUUGAAGGUACUUGUCUUUUAUCAUUGA